UUCUACGAUAGGCUUUUCCAUUUAAGGCACAAAGGAUUUUUAUUUCCUAACCGUAUUUUAUAAAAAAAAAAUAUUUGAAAAUUGGCAAAAAAAAAAAAAUUGUAAUUUUUAGUAAAAAUUUUUACAAGAAAACAAAAAAGAGAAAAUGAGUGAAAUCAUUAAAAAUCUAUGUUCUCAUGACGAGGCACAAAAUUACGAGUUACACGAGAAAACAUGGCCACCUGGUCCUUGUACAAGUGACAUUUAUCGAACUUCCGGUCUACCUUUGAGAUUCCUCUAUCCAAAAGUGUUUGAAGGAUAUCGACAAAACGAUAAUUCUCUCCCACACCCUUGUUAUCGAAGCACUUCCAUGGAUUAUGGUUGGUACGCACCGACUGUCCACACAGUACCAGCAAAUUACUAUCCUCGCAACAAUUUCUUCAGUAACGAACUAAGUCGCGCAGGGAUGUACCGUAAUCGCUCCCUCAACACCGAACUGGACAAGACACUUUUCUAAAUGUAAACGUAACUUUUUACCACAUCAUUAAAUUAUCAAUUUUCAUUAUUUUUAAUGCAAACAGAGAGUGAAGGAAAAAAUAAUAAUAAAAAAAAACAAAUUUCA